AGUUAGCACCGCCCCUCCCCUUCGCCCCGCCCCCCAACAUGGCGGCUGCCGGUCAGCGCUGGCUGUUGGCGGGCAGUGGCGGCUGCCGCUGUUGCUGAAGGAGGCGCUCGGGCUUUUUUCAUCCGGGCUCCGACCUAGAGAAGAAGUGAAAAGGGAGGGAGGGAGGAAGGGAAGACGAAAGAGUGCUGGGGAGGGCCGAGGAGGAACCUUUCUGUUUGCUGACCUUGGGAUGCAAAAAUGACAUCUAUCAUCAAACUAACUACCCUCUCGGGGGUGCAAGAAGAAUCUGCACUUUGCUAUCUGCUUCAGGUUGAUGAGUUUCGAUUCUUAUUGGACUGUGGCUGGGAUGAGCACUUUUCAAUGGAUAUCAUCGAUUCCCUUAGGAAACAUGUUCACCAGGUAGAUGCAGUACUGCUCUCUCAUCCUGAUCCUCUCCAUCUCGGUGCCCUCCCAUAUGCUGUUGGAAAACUGGGUUUGAAUUGUGCUAUCUAUGCAACCAUUCCUGUUUAUAAAAUGGGACAAAUGUUCAUGUAUGAUCUUUAUCAGUCUCGUCAUAAUACAGAGGAUUUUACACUUUUUACGUUGGAUGAUGUGGAUGCAGCUUUUGAUAAAAUACAGCAACUCAAGUUCUCUCAAAUUGUGAAUCUGAAAGGCAAAGGGCAUGGUUUGUCCAUCACACCUCUGCCAGCUGGUCACAUGAUAGGAGGAACAAUAUGGAAAAUAGUCAAAGAUGGAGAAGAAGAAAUCGUUUAUGCUGUUGACUUCAACCACAAGAGGGAGAUUCACUUAAAUGGAUGUUCCCUGGAAAUGUUAAGCAGACCUUCAUUGCUUAUCACAGAUUCCUUUAAUGCUACUUAUGUGCAGCCCAGACGAAAACAAAGGGAUGAACAGCUACUCACAAAUGUCCUGGAAACACUUCGAGGUGAUGGGAACGUGUUAAUAGCUGUGGACACGGCUGGCAGAGUUUUGGAACUUGCCCAACUUCUUGAUCAGAUUUGGAGAACUAAAGAUGCAGGACUGGGGGUGUACUCACUAGCACUCCUGAACAACGUCAGCUACAAUGUAGUGGAGUUUUCUAAAUCCCAGGUAGAAUGGAUGAGUGAUAAAUUGAUGAGAUGUUUUGAAGACAAAAGAAAUAAUCCAUUUCAAUUUCGCCAUCUUUCUUUAUGUCAUGGUCUUUCUGAUCUGGCUCGUGUGCCUAGCCCCAAAGUUGUACUUGCCAGCCAGCCUGAUUUGGAAUGUGGGUUUUCAAGAGAUCUCUUUAUUCAGUGGUGCCAGGACUCUAAAAAUUCAAUCAUCCUAACUUAUAGAACUACCCCUGGAACAUUAGCACGUUUCCUAAUAGAUAACCCUUCUGAGAAAAUCACGGAAAUAGAGUUGAGAAAACGUGUGAAACUUGAAGGAAAAGAACUUGAAGAGUAUCUAGAGAAAGAGAAACUGAAGAAGGAAGCUGCUAAAAAGCUAGAACAAUCAAAGGAGGCAGAUAUAGAUUCUAGUGAUGAGAGUGAUGGUGAAGAAGAUAUUGACCAACCGUCAGCACACAAAACCAAGCAUGAUUUGAUGAUGAAAGGUGAAGGUAGCCGAAAAGGAAGUUUCUUCAAACAGGCUAAAAAGUCUUAUCCUAUGUUUCCUGCCCCAGAAGAAAGAAUUAAAUGGGAUGAGUAUGGAGAGAUUAUCAAACCAGAAGAUUUCUUAGUGCCUGAGCUUCAAGCUACUGAAGAAGAAAAAAGCAAAUUAGAAUCUGGCUUGACAAACGGAGAUGAACCUAUGGAUCAAGAUUUAUCAGAUGUUCCUACCAAGUGCAUUUCUGCAACAGAAUCGAUUGAAAUCAAAGCCAGAGUUACUUAUAUAGACUAUGAAGGACGUUCAGAUGGUGACUCCAUUAAAAAAAUAAUUAAUCAGAUGAAACCACGGCAGUUGAUUAUCGUGCAUGGACCACCAGAGGCCAGUCAAGACCUAGCAGAAUGUUGCCGAGCUUUUGGUGGAAAAGAUAUUAAAGUGUAUAUGCCAAAGCUGCAUGAAACAGUAGAUGCCACCAGUGAAACGCAUAUCUAUCAGGUGAGGUUAAAGGAUUCACUUGUCAGCUCUCUUCAAUUCUGUAAAGCAAAAGAUGCUGAACUAGCUUGGAUAGAUGGUGUCCUAGACAUGCGAGUUUCCAAAGUAGACACAGGCGUUAUUUUAGAGGAAGGAGAACUGAAGGAUGAUGGAGAAGACUCAGAGAUGCAGGUGGAUACUCCUUCAGAUGCUAGUGUCAUAGCCCAGCAAAAAGCUAUGAAGAGCCUGUUUGGAGAUGAUGACAAAGAAACAGGUGAAGAGAGUGAAAUUAUUCCCACUUUGGAACCUUUGCCACCUCAUGAGGUUCCUGGACACCAGUCAGUGUUUAUGAAUGAGCCAAGACUAUCUGAUUUUAAACAAGUUCUAUUGCGAGAGGGAAUCCAGGCUGAGUUUGUAGGAGGUGUACUUGUUUGCAAUAAUCUUGUGGCUGUCCGUAGAACUGAAACUGGACGCAUUGGACUUGAAGGCUGCCUUUGUCAGGAUUUUUAUAGGAUAAGAGACCUUUUAUAUGAACAGUAUGCGAUUGUGUAGAGGACCUGUUGUCCAGGUGAAUCUCUGUUUCCCCUUUCUAAGGAAAAAAAAGGGAAGGGCUCUUUACCUUCUUUUGUUGUUUUCCUUUGUUGUUCUAUAAUUUGUACAGAGAGAACUAGUAGGGAGAUAACAUUUUAAGCCCAAGAAAUUAUACUAAAGAAGUGAAAAAUGCAGACCAUUUGCUUAGUAAAUCUUGAACAUUCCACCUUUUUGACUUUCAAAUCGAUAAAUACCAUAACUGGCAGCACAGGCCUAGUACUUGAGGUUAUUGGUUUUCUUUAUAGACAAGCCCUCUUUUCUAAGCGGGUAUUAUUUGAUUUUAACAGUAAAACUAGGCAAACAAGUUCUUGGCUUCAGAGGGUAUAUGUAUGUUCAUAAAAACUAUUUUUUACAGAGUUUGUGUAAAAUCAAUGGGUUUUUUUUUUAUUUCUAGGAAUGGGAAAAAAAUGGGAGAUUUUGAAAUUAGGAAGGAACUGCUGCUCAGUGCAAAAGCAGCUGUUUUGAGAAAAUGGACCUUUAUAGAUUGUUUAAAUAAACAACAGCAACAAAUAUGCUUGUACAUGCACUAAAACUCUGCCUCUAAACUCAUGUUCAUGUUAUACUUGCUCACAAAUCAGCUUUUAUCUUUUCCUGUUCUGUGCUUUUUUUUUAAAAGUAUAAAAUACAAUUUUGUCAUUUGAAUACAGAUAGCUCAAAAGAGUUAUUUGGUGUGUGGUGUGUUAGAAAUUCUGAUGUUAAUGUUUCAUGAAAGAAGCAGACAUAGGACAUCAUUUUUUUUUUACAAAGUAAUACUAUGGUUAAAAACAAAAUAGGUAUUUUUUAUCUCUUAGGCCUGCAUGCUUCUAAGACCCCUUAAGCAGCAUGUAGACAGCUUGUGUCGGCACUAAAAUGCUACAUAGGAAGCUAACUCCCCCCAAAACUGUAACUGUUUUGUGUUUUAUAACUUCCUUGUGUUAGCCACAAGAUAGCUUACAUUGAAUCCAGAUCAUCUCAUUAAAGAAAAACCUCGAAAUCCAGUGAGUUUUCAUAGGAAGUGACAAAUCGUGACAGACUUUGGCAUUUAUCUCGUGAGUCCAAGAUCCAAGUCCUGUCCUUACAUUUAGCACUUUAGAUCGACGGGUUUCUCUUAAAACAAAACUGAUGCAUUUCACUUUCAAGUAUUCCUAGAGCCGCUGUGAAGGUUCUGACAGCAGCUGCAGUAGAAGAUAAACUGUAUUGCUGGCAUUAAUGUGGAUGAGCGCAGAGGUGGACACUGUCAGUGCUUUAACCAGAAACCUUCCCGGAGAUUUCAUUGCAGUACAGAGCAAUGCUGGGACUGUUUGUCUUGGCGAAAGCAGCCAAUAAUUUCAUCUUCCAUUGUAAUACUGAAAACUUGUUUCUUGCCUAAUUUUUUUUUUACCUGACACAUUCCAUGAGUACGAAUUUCAUAUAAAAUGCUGCUAGAAGCUGUUGUGCAAACAAAUAUCGUUUGCAAGAUUGGUAUUUUUUAACCUGUGUUUGGCUGGCAAGGUUAAUAAAAUUUCUAAAAAGGUUUCAUUUGCAUUUCCAUGGAACUUCAUUCUCAGUUGUUACCCAAAUAAAUUGUGGCUGUAAAAUAUCCACACGCA